UAAAAAGAAGUUGAUAGCUAGGCUGAUCAGAACAACAAAGAAAGGCGAGUAGUGGACAUUCGUGUAGUUCCUUGAUGAUUUAUCUUAUCACCUCGAACUCUUUUACUAAUAAUUUGAGUUUAUAGCAAAAAAUGGUGAAGAAGUACAUUUUCUUAGCUUUUUUAACAAAUUUAUACAUAAUCGGUGCCUACAAACCAGUGGUUAUCAUUCACGGUAUACUAACCGGAGCAGAAAGUAUGCUCGUGAUUCUGGAAGAAAUCGAGAGGCAUCACCCCGGAACGAAAGUAUACAACACGGAUCGCUUCGCGGGAUGGUCCAGCCUAGAAAAUGCUUGGCAUCAAGUGCUCGAAUUCAAUGGCGAUCUGCAAAAAAUUUGCCGGAACCACCCGGAUGGAGUGAUAAUGCUGGGAUAUUCUCAGGGAGGACUUUUAGGUAGAGCGGUUCUGCAGACCUAUCCGGACCAUUGUGUGAAGAAAUUCAUAUCACUGAGUUCUCCGCAGGCGGGGCAAUUCGGCAGUGAUUUUUUGCAUCUUAUCUUUCCAUCGUUGGUGGCGAAGACUGCAUAUGAAUUGUUUUACACAUACGUCGGCCAGCACACAUCGGUGGGCAACUAUUGGAACGAUCCACAUCAUCAGGAUCUGUUCGAACAGUUCAGCAUCUUUUUACCUUACGUUAAUAAUGAUCUACCGUCGACAAACUCAACACAAUUUCGUGACUCAAUACUAAAACUGGAUCAACUGAUUUUGGUUGGCGGUCCGGAUGAUGGUGUGAUUACACCGUGGGAAUCAAGUCAUUUUGGAUACUUCAACGGUACGGGUGACGUGAUUCCUUGCAGGCAAAGACAAAUUUAUCUCGAGGAUCGAAUCGGACUGCAAACCCUGGAUAACACCGGUCGACUCAAACUGGUAACAAUGGCUGGCGUAAAACAUUUCGACUGGCACUUGAAACAACAGGUUAUUCAGACUGUGAUUUUGCCAUAUCUCGAUUAGAGAAUAUGUACAAUGUAAUUAGGAAUAAUUUUUCAUGACACUACUGAUUAGAUUAAGACAGUCAAUUUUAUUUUUGUAACGAUAAGUAGGAAAAAUGUAGAUUAAUAUGAUCAAUUCUUCACUUAUAGAUUUGUAGUUUAGAAGCUAACUCGUAAAAGGUGGUUUUUUAUUGUUGGAAUCUACUACCUAAGGUUCAGAAAAAGUUAUGUCGCUAUGCUUCAAAUUGUUAAACCUAAUUGCGUAGAUGUGUGAUAAAAACAA